GGAUCAAUCCCUCCCUGCCUAUGACGUAAUCAUCUAGGUACGGUUGUUUUCAGCUGACUCGCUGGUAGAAUCACGUCGUAGACCUGGGACUGUAUAAAAGACUUCCAAUUCAUGAUGCCCGUCAGUCUAAAGCGAGAGUCCUCUUUUAAUGACCUAAGCUAUCCACCGCAAUCAACUAAGUUACUGGCCAUGAACCUGGUGUAGAAUUGUGUGUGAAGGCAUCCGUGCGUGUGCUACAUUUUAGUAUUUCCUCAUCCUCCCUGGCUAGGAGUCCGUCUUCUUUUCUUUCUCAACUCAUUCCGCCCGCUGGACUGAUAUCUCCUAUUGUUAAGAGGGACACUGUGAUAUCACAAUGAUUUCACGGCUAUCAAUGCUGCCAUGGCUCCUUCUAUGCCUGCUAAUCUUGAUUCCUCAGGUAUCGGCCUUCGGGGCUGGUGAAGUGCCCGCUGGCAGCGAUUUUAAAGGCUAUGUCUGGCGCCAUGGAGACAUAUGCGAAGCCCUGCUGUAUCUGCCCUCCAGCUUUAUCACGAAUCAUAGGUUCACGCAACUGGAGCGCAAACAGAUCUACUUCGGCAAUUGGCUACGCGAUUUCUCUCAGGUCAUCGACACCACUCUUCUAGAAACUGUGAACGAAGCAAUUCUACGCGCCAUCGUAUCCGUUAUGGGUUUCUUGGAGUUUGGCUUCGCAACCGAUGAAUUCGACGUAACACGAGAACGCCUCGGCGUCUACACCCAUGUCGAACACAUUGAUAAUCCCGCCGGCUAUGCGGAUGACGCUAAGAAAGUAGAUGAGCGACUGAGGGGCCCUGUAGAUCCAAGAGAACUCGAAUUCGAUCCCGAAACGGGCAUGAAAAACUACAUCGCCAAUUCCGGCCAAGGAUGGGCAACAUCAGCAGAUUAUAUCCGCGAGCAGCUCAGCAAGUCUAUCGAGCUCGGAAGGCUAAAGCGCGAUACUCAAGCCAAGAAAGAAAGCCGCAUUCAUCUUGGGGCAGCUUUGCAUACUCUGGAGGAUUUCUCUGCUCACAGCAAUUUCAUUGAGCUUUGCCUGCACGAACUUGGUGAAGAGCAGGUCUUUCCCUUUGUCGGAGACGCUUGCAGGAUUGAAGCCCCUCGACGCUGGAAGCAUAGAAAAGUAGCACCCUUGGUGACAGGCACCUUUGGCAUGUUGGAUAUCUUCCACAGUCUUCUAGGGGAAGCCGAUGACAUUGCUGUCGUCCAAACGAAGGGGUCUCUAGGAGAACUUGAGAAGAAACUAGGUUAUGGCGGUGUGGCAUUUGAGCAACUGUACGACCUCAUAAAGAAUGCUAUAGAGGUCAUCAGCAAAGUCGGUCAUGGUGACAACCCGCUAUUAAAGCAACUGGAAACUGUUGGCUUGAUUUUCAAUAAGAUGAAGGAGAACAGCCCUGAUAUUCCAACCAUUCCUAAACCUAUUUCCGGCGAUAACGAUGAGUCCAAACAACCCAGCCGAAUAGAUGAUGUGACGAACCCGACUUUCCUUUGGCAGGCUAUCGAACCCGUUUUCUACCUACAUGAUCGGAUAUCAAAGUGGAUGCAGGAGAGCGCCCAGGAAUCAGGAGAGAUAGGGGUUUCAGAAUCACGAAGCCAACUUGGCGAAGAGACCAAUCAACUGGUUUUCCAGUUCCUUACUGUCAUGAUUGAGUCAGCUGUCAAGGAACUCAGGAACGCAGUCAAGGCGGCGAAGGAAAAGGUUGAUGAAGAAGCAGCCAAGUCCACCGCGGCGGCAGUCUAUCAAGCUGGAUCAUCCGCGUCAGAUCCUAGUCACUCGGACUUAUCUAAGGACCAUUUCAGCAACGUGCUCAAUCAAGUUGCCGGCCUCGUCGCAACAGUAACAACCAAUUGGACCACGCAGCAGGUUGUCAAAUGCUGGGAUGAUCCAACAAUAGAUGCAGACAAAACCAUUGAUCAAAUCUUAACUAUUCUGCAUCACCCUGCAUUUCCUACGAGGAAAACGAAGAUUCAGCAGUACAUGUUUGAGGAGGUCGAAAAGUGGUGGCGGGGCACAUCAGCUAGCGAGAAAGACCGCUUACGUCGUCAGCUCACUCGCGAAAGCGUUGAGCAGCGGGGUCAUGAGGACCACAACCUAGACCCGACAAGCCUCAUCACGGUGCAUAGGGGCGCCGCAGAGUUCCCCGGCUCACGACCCGGCGUCAUCGCCCCUCCUAGAAAAGCUUCUUUCCCCUUAACCUGGGCUCUCAAUGAGGCAGCUAAGGAUCUCAAGAAGAUAUUGUCAAUAAUGAAAAGGGGCAUCCGGGACCCUGCUGGCGCAGCAGGGGAGAUUUUGAACACUACGGGUAACCUUGCGAUUGGCUCCGGUCGGAUCAUGUUUGGCAUGGUGGGUUGGUUAGCGAGAAAGUUGCCGACUCUGCCAUGGAGAUCCCAAGCCUCGAAGAGCUGAUAAAUUAGUUAAAAAAGACUCUUGUGUUAUUCUAUUAUAUCCCUAAUGAUAGAAGAGAAAACCGUAGACACAGCAGAGCGCUGAGUUAAUACCACUAUAGAUGAUGAGGCAAGACUGCUGAUCAAUGCUAAUGCCUACCUGGUUGCACGCGCUGACAGCGCCAUACGCCUUGUACGCGUGUGGUUCGUAGAGUUCGAUGGCAUUACCAAUAGAAAGAAGGCAUACAGUUCGUAUUGGAGAGAGGUUAUGCAACCCUCACACAAAAACAGCCCUGUCCCCAGCCCAUGUUAUAGGUACUCACGCCGAAGUAGGUGAUGAGUACCUAGGUAGGCAUCAGAGAAUAUGCAUCAUAACUAAGACCUUGUGGGCUCAUUUUGGCAUUGAAAUGUCGUAACCGGCCGGGCAAUUGACGGCCCUGUACCAG